AUGGGAUCGCAGCUCAGUUGCGUUAUCGCAAUCACGCAGUGUCUCGUCGAAGUCCCAGGCCUAAUGAAGGCGGGCCUGCUUGAAUCCUAUGUGGGCGAUCCUGAUGUCAAAUUCAUCCUCACCGAGCGAGACCCAGACAAAUGGGUCACUUCAGUCAAUAAAACGGCAGGAGCUAUGGUAGAUAUGCCGUAUAAAUUCCCUCUUUCUGUCUUGAAGUACUUCGAUGCCACAUUGUACCGAUUUCUGACCUUGAACACCCUUGUUUACGGUGCUGUCUCUGGAUUUACUAAACCCGGGGACCCGGACAAUGCGGAAAUUGUUCGCAAAUAUUACACCGACUACAUCAGAACGGCGAAACAAAUUAUCCCGGCUGAUCGGCUAUGCCUUAUUCAACUUGAAGAUGGGCUCGGCUGGGAGGAAAUUUGCCCAUUCCUAAAUCUUCCAGUUCCAGAAGAAGCUUAUCCCGGUCGCAACGAGCCUGAAAAGUUCCAGAAGAUCGUCGAAGAAUUCCUCGAGCCAAGGAUAAAGGCGGCUGCGUUGAGACUAAGCGCUGUCGCUGUCCCAACAGUCGGCGUUCUUGCAUGGGUUGCCGUCAAAUAUGGGCCCUCAGCUCUGGGAGUGUUGAGAAGGUUUUGGUGA